CGCGUGCGCACUCCUGCAAAAGCGCGCGCAGGAGCUCCGCGCUCCCAGGUCCUCGGAUCCCGGGCCGAGUUAAGCCCCUGGCGCUCGCCUGGCGGCUGGCGUUGGCCCACCAUGCGUUGGGGGCUGCGCCCGAGUGGGCCGGGGGCAGCGUCCCUGGCCGCGGCCCGGAAUUUGUGGGUGCAGCCCCGCCCGUCCUGUAGGCCGAGCUGGCGAGGGACGACGGGGAGGCUUUCGGUGCGGUCAGUCACCGGGGCCAGUAACCAGCUGCAGAACUCGAGGAAUGGCAGCUAUCGGGACACGGUGCUGCUGCCGCAGACCAGCUUCCCCAUGAAACUGCUGGGCAGCCAGCAGCCCGACACGGAGCUGGAAAUCCAGCAGAAAUGUGGAUUUUCAGAACUUUAUUCAUGGCAAAGAGAAAGAAAAGCGAAGACAGAAUUUUGUCUUCACGAUGGACCUCCUUAUGCGAAUGGUGACCCUCAUGUUGGACAUGCUUUAAAUAAGAUUUUGAAAGAUAUAACCAAUCGAUACCAUAUGAUGAGAGGCUCCAAAAUACAUUUUGUGCCAGGCUGGGAUUGCCAUGGGUUACCCAUCGAAAUAAAAGUAUUGUCAGAACUUGGUGGAAAAGCUCAAAAUCUUUCAGCUAUGGAAAUUAGAGAGAAGGCUAGAUCAUUUGCUAAAGCAGCGAUUGAGAAACAGAAAUCAGCCUUCAUCCGUUGGGGAAUAAUGGCAGACUGGGAUAAUUGCUACUAUACAUUUGAUGGAAAAUAUGAGGCUGGACAGUUGAGAAUUUUCUACCAAAUGUAUGAUAAGGGCUUGAUUUAUCGAUCUUACAAACCUGUGUAUUGGUCUCCCUCAUCAAGGACUGCGUUGGCUGAAGCAGAACUUGAAUAUAAUCCAGAGCAUGUCAGUCGUUCAGUGUACGUCAAAUUCCCUCUCUUGAAACCGUCUCCUAAGUUGGCAUCUCUUAUAGAUGGUUCAUCUCCUGUUAGUUUUUUAGUCUGGACCACUCAGCCUUGGACAAUUCCAGCCAAUCAGGCUGUUUGUUACAUGCCAGAAUCAAAGUAUGCGGUUGUGAAGUGUUCCAAAUCUGGAGACUUCUACAUUCUAGCUGCAGAUAAAGUAACAUCUGUAGCUUCUACUUUGGGAACAACUUUUGAGGUUAUUUCAACAUUCUCAGGUGUAGACUUGGAAAGUGGUACUUGUACUCAUCCUUUAAUUGCUGAGCGAGCAUCUCCUCUCUUACCUGCCAAUCAUGUGACCAUGACAAAAGGAACAGGAUUGGUUCACACAGCCCCGGCUCAUGGUAUGGAAGAUUACAGUGUGGCAUCUCAGUACAGCUUGUCCACGGAUUGUUUAGUGAAUGAAGAUGGAGUUUUCACAGAUGCUGCAGGUCCUGAACUUCAAAACAAGGCUGUUCUUGAAGAGGGAACAGAAGUGGUUAUAAAGAUGCUUCAGGCUGCAAAUAAUUUGUUGAAGGAGGAGGAAUUGGUGCACAGCUAUCCCUAUGACUGGAGGACGAAGAAGCCGGUGGUUAUUCGUGCCAGCAAGCAGUGGUUUGUCAACAUCACGGAUGUUAAGACUACAGCCAAGGAUCUGUUGAAAAAAGUGAAGUUUAUUCCUGAGUCAGCGCUGAAUGCCAUGGUCGACAUGAUGGACAGGCGGCCGUACUGGUGCAUUUCAAGGCAGAGAGUCUGGGGUGUUCCGAUCCCCGUGUUCCAUCAUAAGACCAAAGACGAAUUCUUGAUCAACAGCCAGACUGUGGAGCAUAUCGCGAAACUCGUGGAAGAACAUGGCAGUGAUAUCUGGUGGACUCUUCCCUCUGAGCAGCUUCUCCCCAAAGAAGUCCUGUCGCAGGUUGGUGGUCCUGAUGCUUUGGAAUACGUGCCAGGUCGGGAUAUUUUGGACAUCUGGUUUGAUAGUGGAACUUCAUGGUCUUAUGUUCUUCCAGGUACUGACCAAAGAGCAGAUUUGUACUUGGAAGGAAAAGACCAGCUUGGGGGUUGGUUUCAGUCCUCCUUGUUAACAAGCGUGGCAGCAAGGAGGAAAUCUCCUUUUAAGACGGUGGUUGUUCAUGGAUUUACCCUUGGAGAAAAGGGAGAAAAGAUGUCCAAGUCUCUUGGAAAUGUCAUUGACCCCGAUGUUGUCAUCAACGGAGGACAGGAUCAAAGCAAAGAGCCUCCCUUUGGUGCUGACGUCCUUCGCUGGUGGGUCGCCGAGUCCAACGUCUUCACGGAAGUGACCAUUAGUCCAUCCGUUCUCAGGGCUGCCAGGGACGAUAUGAGCAAGCUUAGGAAUACACUCCGCUUUCUUUUGGGGAAUGUGGCUGGUUUCAACCCAGAAACAGAUUCUGUUCCUGUGAAUGAUAUGUACGUCAUAGACCAGUACAUGCUGCACUUACUGCAGGAUUUAGCAAACAAGGUCACCGACGCGUACAAGCAGUGUGAUUUUGGGAAAGUGGUUCGGCUGUUACGAGCAUUUUACACCAGAGAGCUCUCCACCUUUUACUUCAGCGUAAUCAAAGACAGGCUCUAUUGUGAAAAUGCAAAGGAUCCCAAACGCCGCUCUUGUCAGACCGCGUUAGCUGAAAUUUUGGAUGUACUGGUUCGUUCUUUUGCUCCCAUCCUUCCUCACCUGGCCGAAGAGGUGUUCCAGUACGUGCCUUACGCUAAAGAACCCAAGAGUGUUUUUCGUACUGGCUGGAUUAAAACAAGCCCUAUCUGGAAGAAGCCUGGGCUGGAAGAAGCAAUAGAAGGUGCGUGUGCGAUGAGAGAUUCCUUUCUCGGGAGCAUCCCUGGCAAAAACGCAGCCGAGUACGAGGUUAUCCUUGUGAUCGAGCCGGGGCUGCUUUUUGAGAUCAUUGAGAUGCUACAGGCUGAGGAGACGUCCAGCACCUCUCAGCUGAAUGAACUGAUGAUGGCGUCCCAGACAACCCUGCUCCCUCGGGAACCACGGACAUUGACCACAGAUGUGACGGAACGCAGAGGGACGUUUCUCAUCAACUUAGAAGGUGGUGACAUUCGUGAAGAGUCUGCGUAUAAAGUCAUUGUCAUGCCAACGACCAAGGAGAAGUGCCCUCGGUGCUGGAAGCACACGGCUGCGUCGGCAGAUGCGCUCUGUCCCCGCUGCGCAGAUGUCGUAGGGGGACAGUAGUGCCUGAGUGUGGACAGCCUGCUGAGCAAGAGCCCUGCCCUGGCCACAGACGGAGGUCCGGAUGGCUGUUCACAGCACGGGACAGGAAUCCCAGGCUUAGGUAAAGAGCGGAAGAGCCAGCGGUAGAGCAAGAGCGUUAGAGCUGGGAUUUUAAGAUUUUUUGUAAGUAGAUAAAUAAUGUGUAUAUGUACCCAUGGAAAAAUACACACAUGCAGAUGGACUGAUGGACUUACCCAGAACAUAGACACUGAGGACGCCCGCUUACAAACGUGGCUGAGCAGGAAACGUUUUAUAUUUUAUACAUCUUCUCAACUUAUUAUUUAAAUUCUAUAAUGUCUAAAAAUAAAGGCACCUGGAAAAUCA